AUGGUGUGUUCUCCGUCAAAAAUCCCCACGAAAGCGUCCGUUGCGGCAAGUCUGCUCCCCACAGACACUUAUAACGGCCACCGAAGAUCCCAGCUGGCCCAGCUGGCGAUGAAGAGCGAUAUGUCUGAUGAGAAUGGGUACGAGGACGGGUCUGCCGAGGACUACUCGCUGCAGGAGGUGGCGGAGGAUGAUCUUUAUGCAGAGGGCGAUAACGACGACGGCGACUACCAGUACGAUGAGGGAGAAGACGACGAGGAAUCGGCGCCCUCGGCGAAGCGGACUAGCAGGUCCGCGCGGCAGCGCGUUGUGUAUGACUAUGGCGAGGCGGAGGAGGAGUACGAGGAGCUGGACGAAGAAGAGGUGGCUACCGACGAGGUAGUAUCGCCGCGCAAGAAGGUGUCGGCCAUCACGUUCGCCGACGACGAGGACGAUGAUGACGAGGAGGACGACGAGGAGGCUGCUGUCGUGGCGCGGGCGCGCGCCAACUCGCGCAACAAGAUGGUCCUCGACCUCAUGGAUGAGAAUAACGUGCGCAAGCGCGGCACAGACCAUCUAACGGAGGAGGAGCUGCAGCUGCGGCGUGCGGAGAACGCGCGCAAGCGCCGCAACCUGUCCGAGAAGAAGCUGGAGGAGGAGAAGCAGGACACGAUCAAUAAGCUGCUUAAGCGGCGCGCGGGCAAGUCGCGUUCGAACCUGCAGGCCUCGGAGAAGGAAGCCUCGGUUGACGAGGCGGCAUACUCGAAACCGCGGCGUCCUUACCAUGCAAUUGGCAUGCUGCGUGUGCUGCGCACUGCAUCCGAAGACCGUUUCGCUAUCGCUCCGCGGCCGGUCGACGACAGCGCGGCGCAGCGUUCGCCCACAGCCUCCGAGGGCUAG